ACGAGGCCGGAAGCAGCGUAUCCGGCGCGCGCGCGCCGCAGCUCCCGCCGUUGUUGCCAGGGCAGCUGUGCGUAAUUACGCGCGGAAAGAAGGCGCGCAGAUGGACGAGCUCCCGGCUUCGCGGGACUCCGGGGACUCCAGCCUCGCGGGCUGCCGAGUGACGCAGCGGCUGCAGCAGCUGAGCGUGGCUGGCGGUGCCGAGGGGAGCUCGGCCGGGAUCUGCCCGCUGGCCCUUGCCGUGAAGGAGGGAGAGAAGGGAGCCACGGAGGCCUCCGACCCUCAUGGAGGCGGCGUGGAAGGAGGAGCCCCGCAGCCCGGGUCCUGUCCCGGCCUGCUGCAGCCGUCCGGCGCGACGGAAGAGGAGCCGCCUCCGCUGGGAAAUGGCUCGUCGUCGUCCUCCGUCGGCGGCCCGCGGCUCAGUUUCAACGCCGGAGAAGGAGGCGAGCCGGGCGGGGGACCUCGCCGCGACCCCGAUGCACCCGCUGCACCGGCAGACGAGACGCCCCUCCCCGGCGAGAGAAGGGAGGAGAAGCCGCCGUCGCCCGAUUUGAGAAGCCUUCCGGAUUUUAACGGCGACCUCCAAGAUGUAGGGAUGGGUGUCGCGGAGGAAUCGAGGCCGGCGCCGCUAGGGAUCGAGCAGGACUCGUCGGCGAUAGAAGGCGGCGGCUCCUCCUCGGAUUCCGACAGGUGGGUAGUUCCGCAAAGCAUGGCAGGAAAUCCCGCCCGGCCGGAAUCUUGCAUUUUCGAACUUCCCGGGGAAGUAGGAGAGGAAAGCGGGUAUUUGUACUGCUCGGCUUGCCACCUAGCUGCGCGUCACCUUUUAAUGGCCGCGAGACUGGAGAAAAGCACUUGGGGAAAGUUAGAUGCUGGAAAAGGACCUUGCCUGGCUGUGCUUCGGCAGUGAUGGGUUGCCGGUUGUGUAGCAGGAAAAAACGUCGCGUGCUGCUCUAUAGAGUCUGUUUUAUUUUGUGCUACCUUCCACUUUUGGUUGGUACCACCUUUAUAAAAAGCACGAGGUUUUUCUUCCUUAACAUAUUUUAAAACUGACGUCUGUCCUUACAUAUGCUAGGGCAGUAUGCGGCAGGAGUGAUGUAAGUUAAUAUUAAAACAAAUCUAAACGGAGUUCGAAGUAGUUAAAAAUGAUGGAGCAGACUACCAACACUUAAAAAUGCCAAAUAUUUUAACUAGCUCUUGCAAUAAACUUGUUUAUGUCCAGACAUAUUGAUAAGAACAUAGUCUGCUGGAUCAGGCAGUGGCCUGUAUAGCCUAGCAUUCCUUAUCACGGUUGCCUAUGGGAAGCCUAGGAAACUGCUAGUUAAGUGAUAUGUAACAGAACCAGAUGUAUGCAUAUAUAUUGGGCCUAUUUUUCAAUGCUACACCAGUGUGGUUUAGUGGUUACAGUGUCUGACCAGGACAUUGGAGACCAAAGCCCACUUGGCCCAUUAAGCUCACUGGGCGACCUUGGCCUAUCCACUUCCUCUCAGGCUAACCUGCUUCACACUGUUCUUGUGUGAAGCGGUACCUCCUCAUUAAAUGAGGAGGGGGCAAACCAUGUACACCACCUUGAGCUCCUUGGAGAAAAAGGGUCUUCUAAAAAUCCAGUAAAUCCAUCACUAAAAAGGCUCCGUCCCUGAUACCUGUCAACCUGACCAACCUUAGUGGUGGGCCAUUUGGAUGUGGCUCCUGCUUCAAAUAACAGUUUAUGAAACUUUGCUAUAAAUUAGUAAAGGUAAAGGGACCCCUGACCAUUAGGUCCAGUCGUGGCUGACUCGGGGGUUGCAGCGCUCAUCUCGCUUUAUUGGCCGAGGGAGCCGGCGUUUGCCCGCAGACAGCUUCCAGGUCAUGUGGCCAGCAUGACUAAGCCGCUUCUGGCGAACCAGAGCAGCACACGGAAACGCUGUUUACCUUCCCGCCGGAGCAGUACCUAUUUAUCUACUUGCACUUUGACAUGCUUUCGAACUGCUCGGUUGGCAGGAGCAGGGACCCAAAAAUGGGAGCUCACCCCGUUGCGGGGAUUUGAACCGCCAACCUUCUGAUCAGCAAGUCCUAGGCUCUGUGGUUUAACCCACAGUGCCACCCACGUCUCCAUAAAUAAGUAAAUAAAUAAGUAAAUUCAGGUUGUAGGUUCCUGAAUGCUUGAACAGACCUUGUCUUGUCAUGACCAGAGCUAUGUGUGCUGUUAAAAAGUUGAAUAUUAAUAUACUGCAAAAGCUAAAUUCUAUUGGCAUAUUAGUGAUGAGAAUUAACAAUACUUGGAUUUUGUUUGUUUGUUUAGCACAAUACUCCCAAGUAAGAAAGUGGCACUAAGGGCUUGCAAAGCAUUGUAGUUCUGGCACUGGGAAUACUGGGUCUCUGCCAACCUGCUGACUAUGGAAAUUUUGUGCAGGCAUCAACAAGCCGGUGAAAUACAUACAUCCUUGCUGCCCUGAAAGUUAGAAAUGUAUUGUUGCAGGCCAUGCGAAAUCGCUGCUGAGCUGUGCACAGGGUUCCAGGGGUCUUGGUCCUCAACCAGGGCCUAUGCUUCUUGGGAGAAUUGAAGACAACAGUGGAGGCUGUCAUUGCUUUAAGAAAUAUGAUUUAUUCACAUGUUUACACUUGAGUUUAGAUUCAGGUAGAAAUUGCAAAAUAUCUUUUGGAGGACCAGCAUAGUUCUCAGCUCAACUGUAUUAUGCUUUUGAACUUUUUAAAUGUCUGUUCUUGUGGGGAAGAACAUUGGUACUGGCCAGAGUCCGAAUAAAUUGUGGGCUCUCUAAGAGCCUUUUGCUUGGAGAGGCUCAGCAAACAAUUGUUUAGUCCCUUUCCAAUCCUGCUCCCUCCUCUGUAGCUCGUUCUGUAGAGUCCCCCUAAAGCUCAGAUUUGCAUCUCAUUCAUGCCUUGAUGGCAGGCUACCAAGUGAACCAGAGUUUAGGCUUCUGCGAAAUUUUGUGAUCAUAACAGCACUUACCAAUCCAGGAUUGUGUCCAGUGGUGUUUCUCGUGUGACAGGAAGGAUUCCAUUGCUUCCUUCCCAAAAUGUUCUCCAGAGGGUUGGGGAAUCCUUCAGACCAUGUUUUUUUUUUGGGGGGGGGAGCAGGGUUCCAAGCAAGAGAGGGAAAUCACUGGAUAUUACUUUCCCCUAUUCUGCUGAUUGAAGCCUUACCAUAAGUUGAGUGACAUAGUUGGAUGCAGCCCAUAGGCUUCUUUUGCUAUUAUAUGAACAACAAUUUCUUCUUUUAAGAUUUUUCUGUAAAUAGAAUGUGGCAGGAGAUAUGCUGAAGAAUAAAAAUAAAAUUUAACUUUCGUGCAGUGAUACAGACAGUUCAUCUACAGACAGUUCAUCUUCUGUCUCCUCUUCUUCCUGUCUUCCAAUGCUGUCCGAAGAUGAUGAUCAGCAGUCUAAGACUGAAAGUAACUCUUGCCCUAAUAGAAAGAAGGGCGAAUUAAGUGAAGUAAGUAUGUUGAUUUAUAGACUAUCCUCAUCUACCUAUAGUUGGACGGUUUAUCUGAGAAUCUUAUCUGUAGUGCUUUUAUAGGGCAGAAUUAGAUGUUGUUAUAGAAAGUGCUCAGAGCAAAGGGGCCCUCCUCCUUUGUCUGUUAAAGCAUUGCAAGGGAUGCUUUGGAGUCCCACUUUAUCAUCUUUCCCUAUCACUUGUUUUUCUGGUCCAAACUUAAAGUUAGCAAGUGCCAAAACAAGUGUAUUGUUUAUUAUUGUAUAUAUUUGAACAAUUUAUAAACUGCAUGGCUGCAAUAGUUGCUAAGCAGUUUUCUAAGAUACAAUACCUCCAAAAUUAAAACUGUAAAAUCAAGAAAACAAGUUAAUAAUAAUAAGUAUUGUUUUGUUAAUGUUUGUCUUUCUCUUCAUGUACAGUGUCUGUUUUUGCUCCUCUUUUUUAAAAAAACCCUCAACACAGCAACUAUAAACUUCAGUAAAAGUUCAGUAAAAAUGACUGCAGUAGGCACUCAUUAGGGAGAAGGCUCUUGGUGGAUAUGGUCUGUACCUCUGAGCCAUGGGGAACAUUUAACAGUGACUCCUGGAAAUCUCAGUGAUAGGGCAGGGAUAUAAGGAAUUAGGCUGCCCUUCAAUACUGGGCCCCAAUGGUAAAUUAUUACAAAACCUUGAACCUGGCCCAGUAGUGUUUGGGCAGCCACUGCAGACUUUUCAGGUUUUGUACCAGCAAUAGUCUGUCCCCAUCAACAGUCCAACUAAAGCUUUUUGCAUCAGCUGGAGCCUGUGGACCAAGGUCCAAGAUGUGCUGUGAUUACUGUCUCCAUCUCCACCCCCAGCCCAAGAGUCAAGAGAAGCAAAUAACAGGCUGCUUGCUUCCUUUUAGGCACCCAUGCUGCCUUCCCUAGUUAAUGAGAGCUCAAGAGGCAUGAAGACACUGGGCAUGCACAUCCUUUGUCACUUUUGGUGAUUUGUAGGGAAGAUAGCCAGAGGAGUUCCCGUUGUACUGUUCUUGCCUUUCCUUGGGCACCAUGCAUCCAAACAUGCAGAGUUUGCUAAAAUUAGAUGUUUUGGCCAAAGGAAGCUCCAGGGAGGCUCACUUAGCAUCUUCAUUACAUAUCUUCAGGCAGGUGCCAGUUGAAAACAUUCCUCUCCUCCCUGGCCUUUGGCUGCUUAAACAAUCUAUGGUCUUUUAAAGGGGGAGCAUUGUUUUGUUUGCUAUUAUGUUAUGUGUUUUUGUGUUUUUAUACGUAAACUCCCCUGUGAUCCUUGGAUGGAGGGUGGUAUAUAAAUUUAAUGAAUAAAAACAAGGUUAACUAAUUGUGGAUUUUAGGUCUGCAGUUAUAAAUUGACCCUCGGCCAGACAGCUACAAAGAGAUUUCUAGGGUGGGCAGCAGUAGGAUUAAUAUUUUAUUAUGAAAAUAAAUUCUUAAAAUUAUCCAGCAGGAGCCACUUCCUGUUGAAGAUUUUACCAUAAUUCUUCCUGAAUCGGUUGAACUUAUGCCUUUUGGAAAAGUUUCCAGCAUCAUUGAGCAUCUAGGUAAGCGAAAUGUUUAUGUGUGUGCAUGCUUUUUCAAUAAUUGUUCUCCUUUAUAGUUCAUAGUGUAUUGAGAAGCUUAAUGUUUUGACAGAGGGAUUCCUUUUGGAGGAAAGGCAGGAUAUAAGAAUAAGUUAUAAUAUGAUACCAUAUUCCUAAGUGUGUAGAUGCCAAGUGUAUAGUAUAGUUUAGUGUCAAGGGAUAGUCAGAACCUCUAGAAUGUGUACUUUUUGUUUCACCCCCUGGUUUCAUGCACAUCUACCCAAAACCUAUAUUUCAUUCAUUUCAUGCAUGCAGCUGUGCAUCCUGCCCCGCUCUCUCUCGGGCUACCAUCAAAAUGCAACUUCUUCUUAUGCUUCCUUUGUCCCUCCAAAAUGUGUAGUAGGUCUCUUCUGCCUUACACUUCUCAUCUCUGUGACUAUUACUGCACCACAUAGAACUAAAACCUAAAGGUAAAGGGACCCCUGACCAUUAGGUCCAGCCAUGGCUGACUCUGGGGUUGCGGCGCUCAUUUCGCUUUAUUGGCCGAGGGAGCCGGCGUACAGCUUCCGGGUCAUGUGGCCAGCAUGACUAAGCCGCUUCUGGCAAACCAGAGCAGCACACAGAAACGCUGUUUACCUUCCUGCCACAGCGGUACCUAUUUAUCCACUUGCACUUUGACGUGCUUUCGAACUGCUAGGUUGGCAGGAGCUGGGACCGAACAACGGGAGCUCACCCCGUCACGGGGAUUCGAACCACCGACCUGAUUGGCAAGUCCUAGGCUCCGGUUUAACCCACACCUCGCCAAAUUCUCAUUUUGACUCUUUUGCCGCCCCUUCUUCCUCACUAGGCUCUCUCCUUGUUUCAGCAGGGUGCCCUUGCCAAUAAGAUCAUUUUGUCUUGAGAAUUCCUAACUUUUCUUCUAGUUGUCAAUGCUAAAACAUGUGUUAUGUGGAAGGUUGUCUGGGGGCACAAAUUGAGCCACUUGGCCAGCGAUAAACUGCAGUGCAUUGAGAAUAAAGGCUGAAGAAGAAAAAGCUUUGUAGAAUGUGUAUCACAGAAAGCAAUGACAAUAUGUGAAAGUAAAUAGAAAAUAAGCUUUGGGAAAGGUAGUGGUUUUUGUGCUUGGUGUUCAGUUAGUAGUGAUAUUUUAGUAUUGGAAGUUUCUUAAUAGCGCCACAAACACUGCAGUGUCAAAGAUUCCAUUGGCAAAGGAUAAUUCUGAGGUAUAGUCCACAUAGUGAUUCAGUUCCAUAUUGGUGGCAAUAUUUUUCAUACUUUCUGUGGGCAUUUGUUUACUCUUCAUUAAGUUGAAGGUGGUAAUUCUGGAAUUGCAGCUAAAGUUGGAGAGGAAGAGAAGAGGGACACACCAUAGUACCACAGAGCUAGCUGCAAAAAUCUGUAUCUUUAGGCAGGACACUGUAUAUAUUAAAUUGUAUUAUACAAAUUAAAAAUCUACUUAUUCCAGUUAAACCUAGAGGCAAGUAAGAUUGUCCAUGCCAGAGAAGGCUGCAUGAGUCUAGCAAUGCUGUUCCAAAAACUCCUGGGUUUAUACCAUAAAAUUAAAAUACGGAGAAAGCAAAGCUGUUGGCAUGCAUGUGAGGUAAAUGGUUUCUUUUUUUAAGAAAAAAAUGUUUCUGUACUGUUCUUCCUGUGGGAGCCAACAGCGAUGAACAAUAUAGAGAAUACAAUAAUCAAAACCAUCUUAAAAGCAUUUAAAAUGCAUCUGAAACCAAAAUAAUGUACAAAAACAUUAAUUGAAAACAUGUUGUUGCCAUGUUUGUUUCGAAGCAGCAUGGUAUGAAUGAACUGCCAUAAUGGGGGGGGGGGGAGUAUUUUUGCUGUUCAAGAAGGAAAAGUGUAUUGAGCGUAAUAUUCUUGUCUAGAUUUUGACUCAUGUUGCGGCUCUUCCUUCUGGUUCCCCUUAGCAUUACCCCUCUUUUUGUGCUUGAAAUGGUACGGGCCAGACACUAGCAUGCUGCAUUUCUCCUAAGAUUGCGAAUCUGUAAGUGAACCCCAUUGAACAGAGUGGGACAUGAGACUGAAAAAAUAUGCACAGGCUUUCACUGCAAAUCUUACCUUUCUAAAACCAAAUAAGAUAGGUAACGGAUUUAAAGUGACAGGGUCUUUCAAGCACAUUUUCUACACAGAACAUGAAUCAUAGUCUGUCAAAUGCAAGCGAUUUAAAUCAAGCCUAAAAUUGUGCUGAUAGCUGUGUAAUCCUGAUUGUAUGAAAACACACAUGCAGAAAUAUAGUGUGACUAGUACAACUGAGCGUUCUUAUUGGAUACUCCAGCCAUUGUGAUUAAGUCACUAAAAUAUGCAUUUUAAGGUGACGUAUUUCUUUUUGAGUUAAAAUCUACUCAGUAGUUCCAUCUGUUCAAAACAUGGGUCAUUGUACUUGGGUUUGUCCAACCUUUUUUUUUCUUCCUGGGGGUACAUUUGAAAUUUCGGGAGUGCUGUGGCUGCUGCACCUCAGUCCCCUCUCCCCCUCCCUCCCUGAUUAUUUUUACACAAGGUCCUCUGGAAACCACUGUCACAGUGAUAAACUGCAAAGCUGUAAAUCACAGAUCAGCAGCACCAAAGCACAAAAAUAUUGAUGAAAGGCACAGAUCCUUAUGGAUCUGAACCGUUUCAAGAUGGGAUGCCAAUAGAUUACAGAACACAUAUAUGGACAGAUACUUUGAUAAUGUGAACAAGUGGGGAAAUGCCUUGCAACUCAUUACAGUAAGUUACAGGUUUUGAUUUACAGCUUCAGGCCUUUAAAGAAAAGUUUAUAUGUGGUACAAUAUAUUUUCACACCUGAUGAGGUGAGAAGAGAGAGACCAAAGCCAUUAACUGACACUCACAAGAUCACUCUUGCUACUAUUCAACUAAGUUUUAUUUAGAGUAGACCUAUUUGAGUUAAUGAGCAUGACUAAGUUAGGUCCUUUAAUUUCUGUUGAUCUGCACCCUGUGUAGUCUGGUGUUAGCCAGAACAUGUCACAAGAGUGCACUUUUUUAUUUUUCUAUUGCUUCACCUUUAUAGCCCUAGUAGGGAUCAAGCUGUCACUGCUGCAUUAAUUGUACUCUGGAGUUUUUUUGUGAAGGAGUGAUGAGUGUGAAUAUUUAAUUGAUCAUUAUACUGUCUCAGAAUGGAUGACUUCCUUGCCAGGAAAUGAGUUUCCGUUAAUAAGUGUUGCAGAAGCAUUUUCUUGUUUCUGCAGCAAUGAAUAUUAGAUUUUUGCAGGAUAAUUGGGAGUAAUUUACAUUUUUAUUAAAUGAUAUCAAAUCACCUGCCUUCUUUGUAGUUUUCUUCUUUAGAAAUUGACACUCUUUUACAUAGUUUCAUGCACUUUUGAUGUUAAACAUGAAAUCUGCUUGUCAGAAAGUAUAUAAUAGGAAAGGUAACAGUUUAUCCACAAUAUCCACAAUUCAUUACAUUGCUAUUAGUUCUACAGCAAAGUGUCACAGUGCUUUUCUUGAAGCUAUUGAUCUCUGCGUCUUUUAAUUAUAGCGUCCCAGUGAAUAUCAAGCUUAAUGGAGAGGUGUAGCAUUCUGAUAGUUCUAGCAGAAGUUGAUAGAUGUCUAAUUUCCAUCUGUAGAAACAAUAGAGCUUUCUGAUUUGUAGCAAUAAGCAAUUGUAAACAGUGAGCUUGUGAGUACUGAGAAUGCUACUCUGUCUUACAACAAGCUCAUCACGUGAAUACCUUCAAAUGGGGCACUGCUUUCCCAGUGCACAUGCUGGUUUCACAUGAUGCAUGGCUCAAACUUUAUUCAUCAGUGCAGCUAUAGAUUAAUAUUGUAGUUUAAAGUACCAUAUAUACUUGAGUAUAAGCUGAGUUUUUCAGCAUAUUUUUUUAUGCUGAAAAAGCCUCCCUCAGCUUAUACUCGAGUGAGGCGGGCGGCAGCAGAGGGACAAGCGGCGAGAAAGGAGCCCUUUCUCGCCGCUCGUCCCUCCGCCACUGCCCGCCUCUUGCAAGGGCAGGCACAGGGGCCGAGGUUGGAAGAGGCUCUGCGCUGUGCCUCUCCCAACUGGGCUCCUAUGCCUGCUCUUGUGAGCGGCAGAGGUGGCGGCGGAGGGACGAGCAGCCUGAAAGGAGCCCUUUCGGGCUGCUUGUUAUUCCUCCUCUUUCACCGCUGUCGGCAGUGGCAGAGGAGGAAGGAGCAGCCUGAAAGCAGCCCUUUGGGGCUGCUUGUUCUUCCUCCUCUGCUGCUGCCGCUGCCAGGUUUGUGGUGUGGUGAACCGGCUUAUACUCGAGUCAAUAAGUUUCCCCAGGUUUUUGUCCUAAAAUUAGGUGCCUCUGCUUAUAUUUGGGUCGGCUUAUACUCGAGUAUAUACGGUAGUUCCUCAAACUUGGGUUAUGAAGGUAGAAGCAGGGCAAUGAGAUUUAAACUAAUGCUGUUUAACCUUCUUUUGGAAAAGGUUGUCAGCUUUAUAAUAUUUUCUUUUUAGUAAUAAUAGAGUCACAGAAAGGGCUACCUCCAGUCAAUGAAGAUACGGUGCUAUUUAAAGAAGAUCGGCAUUCAAUGGGAAAGGUGAGCAAAUUGCACAUGACUUGUACUGUAUAUAUUAUUUUUUAAAGCAGGAAUGGGGAACCUCAGGCCUGGGGGCUCAAUGCAACUCUCCAUCUGGACCUUGGGAUUCUCCCCAGACUCCAUCACUUGGGCCUCCCCACCCCUGGCCUGCCGAAGGCUACCCACAAGGGAACGUGGCCCUCAGACUCAAAAGGCUUCCCCAUCACUAAUCUAAAGCCUUUUGGCUUUUUGCAUUCUGCUCAUUAUGAGUUUUUACAUAUUUUUUAUUCACGUCUAAUGAAUUUCUGGGGAAAUACAUUUUUUAAAGUAAAGAACAACUGAAGAGGUAGAAAUACUUUGCCAGUAUAAAGGCACUAUCAAGCUACCUUACAUAGGCAGUAACCUUGAAGAUACUUAACUGUACUUUCAAACAUGAUUUUGAAAAAAUGACUCGCCAUGUCGCAUAGGUUCAGCUAGUGAUAAAAUAUAGAUUGAAAGCCUCUUCCUUUGUUUUAGAUUGUAUGUUGCAGGCCCUAUUUCUCUCUUGUGUUGCACUUAUUUGCAUACAUUCAAAUGAACUUGGCUUUUCUGUUUGAGCAUUCAAAGAAACAUGCCUAAAAUCAAUGGGGCCUGGAGGUGAAUUCUUACAGGGUUGUGUUCAGCAGUGUUGUCCAUCUUACUUUAAGACUGCCAUUAGCAGAACAGGACAGAAGCAAUUUUCACUGAUUCCCUCUCCCUUCUUAAGCCCCUGCACCCUUCCUAAAUCACUCAACCAUUUGAAGGGGGGGGGGGGAGGAAUCAUUGAAAACUGCUUCCUUCCUUGUUCGUCUGACAGAAGCCUUAUGAGCAGCUGAGUAAUGCUACAUUGUUUGAUACAACAUAGUAUUUUAUAUUGGGUGCUUCAGUUCCCCAAGCUGUGACGUGUUUUGGAUUGCUACUAUAUCAUUAGCCCAAGUCAGUAUGGCUGUGCUGACUGGGGCUGAUGAAAGUUAGUCCAAAACAUGUGGAGGGCACCAGGUUGGUGAAUACUAAAUUAUAGAAUGUCUAAUGUUGGUUUUUGUCUUGCAGGUCUUUGAGGUAUUUGGUCCUGUGUCACAUCCCUUUUAUGUGCUACAGUUUAACAGUCCUGAGCGUAUAGAAUCCAAAGGUAUUAAGAUGCACGAGGCUGUAUAUUUUGCUCCAUCCGUUGAAAGCUUCACCCAGUAUAUAUUUCCAGAAAAAAUAAAACAGUAAGUAAUGUAAAUGUGUGCAUCUUGAAAGUCUUGCUAAAUAGAUUUAGAACUCAUCUCCUUGAUGAUGCAUUCCGAAAUGCUUAGACAAUACCUUUGCUAGCCAUUAGUGUCCAUAUACUUACAAUUCCUGAUAUAUGAAUAUGAGACUUAUAUGCAGAUGUUCUGUUUAAAAGACGUAAGUAUCCUUUGAGGUCCUUACCUUGGUUCUCCUGAAGAUUUCCUCAUUUUGAGCUAUAAAUUUGGUAUGGAAAUAAACAACUCAUAUUGCCCAGAAGGCUUUUUAAUUCUAGACUUAAUGUAGCCUUCAAAUGAUCCAAAACCUAUCCUUGAGCAUAAUAAGCCUUUUGGAUUUAGGAUUCCUGAUUAAAAAUCGUAGUGAUUUUGAACAGAAGUUAAAAUCAUGUGCUAUAUCCUCUCCCAGAAGGGUGUGUUUGGGAUAGAGGAAGCAUCUAUCCUGAGCUUCUUCAAACGUUGCUCUGUUGAUAACCCUUGUUCCUUAUUCAAAAUGUUCAUCAGAUCAGGUGGAAAUGGGUUUGCUCCUUAUUUGUGGCAACAGGCUAUUCUCUAAACUGAAGGCCUCAUUAAGUAAAUGCAUCAUGCAUGCACCCAGAAGUCCUGUUUUUUUAUCUGUCUUAACCUUUUAUCUGUGGAGGAAUCAUGGAUGAAUCACUGCAAGUAUUGAGAAGCUCAUAUGGGGCGUCUAUAUCUCCAUUCUGCUUUCCCUCUCCUGAGUAACUUGCAUGUUAGACAGAAGGGGGAGGGUAAGGCUCUGAGCCAUGAUGAAAUCAUCUGCUGCAGCUGCUAUGCUGGGGCUUGGACUGGAUCAGGCCCUGUCAGUUUCAGUUAAAAUCUGUUUCUGUUUAGAGAGUGGUAUUAGGGCUCACUGACAGUCCUAUUUCAGUACUGAAGAUAGGAACUUGGAGCUGAAUGAACUGUGACUUGCCCAAGGCCGCUUAGUAAAUUUGUCACAGAGGUAAGAUUUGAACUGUUGCUUUCUGGCUCAUGCUGCUGGCAAAUAUGGUACACAAUUGAAUUGAAGUGGGCAAUUUGAAAAAUUGCCACUGGUUUUCCGGCAGGGUGGAUUUGAUUUAAAUCACUAGUCAGUAAGACUUGGUUUAAAUUAUUAUUUUUUUACAGAAAGACACAUUCUUGCUGGUAUAAUCUUAAUAUUUACAACCAGAUGAAGGUUUCAUUUUUGUAAUAAUAAAUUUUCAGAGUAGUUUUUACAGUUAUAUCAAAAAUUACUGAUUUGGUUAUACUAUUAGAAAUACAUUGACAGAUAAUUAUUAAAUUAUUGUGAGGUUUAAUAAGUUUUUUUAAAAAAUCAUUUAUUUUUAUCCACGCUGUUUUCUGGCUUUUCCUCUCACCCAUGACAAAAGAACUAUCAAAGGACAAAUGUUGUCUUAGGAAUCACAGUUCUUGCAAACUUUUAAUUAAAUCUGACGUUCCCAGACUGGAAUCAAUACUGCAUGUGUACUAUAACGUUCCAUGUAUUUCUUUGCCAUGUGUGGUUUUGCACAUAAGAUGAAUUAGACAUUAUAACAUGCAGGUGAGUUUUCCUAUGUGAAAUUGAUAUCUGUAGUGGAAGCUCUUUUGAGUGUUCAAAUUCUGAAUGGCUGAGGCUACAGGUAGCAUUUCAGUUGUGGUUUUUUUUAUUCUUUCCUCCUGCUUGAGGGUAACAGUAACUCAUGUAUAGAGAUAAUGCCCAGUAUAUAGAUCUUUCACUUUGUCUCAUCUUGCAGAGAGAGAGGAUCUGAUGCAUCAUGGAAAAAUGAUGAAGAACCACCACCCGAGGCAAGUACUUCCUUUUGUGUACAAAUUUUAUACCUUAAUGUCUGUAAGUGGUUACUACUUAAAGAGCAGUAUUCUUGCGGGAUAUUAUAUGCAUAGAAAAAUCACUUAAGCAGUGUCUGUCGUUCAACGGAAUAUGAAUUUCCCUGAGAGCAUCUUAACAUUUAAUUGUCUGAACAACAAUGAGAGAUAGCGCUGCAUAUAUCUUGUCUGCAUCUUCAUUAGCUCUUUAUGAGAAUCGGUGUGAGUUCUUUAGCUCCACGUAUCAGUAGUCUGAAAGCUGGAUUUUCAAAGUAGUUUGUCAAUCUUUAAAAGGUUUUAGUUCAUCCUCAGAAAGAGGAUAAAUUGACUUGGAUCCUAAACUGCUUCUUCAGCGACUUAAUGAAGGAGUAAUUUUCUAUCAUUGCCCCCUCCACCUAUAGCUCCCCACAUGUCCUAUAAUAUUCUCAAGGAUCAAGCUGGGGGAACUCCCAAUGGCAGAUUUUUCAUUAAGUUUGUGAAAGGCAGGUUAGAAUCCCAUGGUCCGUAACAUGUCAUGAAGAUCAUGCUGCUUUAAUUUUGUAUUUCUGCAGUGAAAUUGAUUCUUGGUCCAGUUCCAGAUUGCUUCUCCUUUAGUGUAAAUAGUAAAUUUAGGAAAGAUACAAAACUAGUUGUAUCAUUUUGUACUUUGAAUCCUAUGUAAAUAAUCCUUUCCUAUAUUUUUCACUACUACUACUACAAAUUUAUUAUAUAUACCCCGCCCAUCUGCCUGGGUUUCUCUUCUACUACUAUACUCCAUUGGUAGUAAAGGUGCAUAUAGUGUAUUCCAGAAUGUCAUAUUUAUGAAUGAGCAUCAAAUAACCUGUUAUUGCCUGCUGAUAGCCAGUAAAAAAAACCAAAUGGUAUAUUCUGCUCAGUUUCCAGUUUCUUAUGUAAAUAUUUUGAUCUAGGCUUUAGAUUAUAGUGAUGAUGAGAAAGAGAGAGCAGCUAAACAGCAGAAGAAAUCUCAGAAUCUAAGAAGAAAGAAGUGCCGACCACAACCAGAGGAUUCCAGUAAGUAGGUGCUAUUACGGAAUUUUAAUGUUGGGCCUCAAACCAAAUUAAUGUAUAAAAGCUCAAAAUCCCACUUUCUUAGAUGGAUUACUGUAUGAAUAUAGCAUAAUUGUAAAUUUUAGUCCUUGCGUGUGAGAACCUUUCAGUGUCAAUAUUGUCUUUAUCCUGAACAGAUUAACAGUGUGGGGUUGCAGGGGGAAAUUAUCAUUUAUUCUGCUACGGAAGCUGGAAAUGUUUAUUGAAUUUUUAUCACACCCUUCUACCCAAAUGAAUCCACGGUGUCAGCAGACAUUCAUUGGUUCGUUGCAAUUUAUAUGCUGCCUUUCUCGCAAGGUAACCAAGGCAGUUUACAAAUUUAAAGGACUGAAACAAAUGAAAACACACUUAAACUUGGCCCAGGGUGGGAAGGGGGCAGUCCGUGUUCCCCAUGAUACCACAUUCGCAGGAUAACCCUGAAUUACCAAAAUACCACAUUGCUUUUUCAUUUCUUUCUGCAGAUGGGAACGGAGCUCAUUAUCAGCCCAGAAGACAAUAUCCUUCAGAUUAUUCACAUGGAUAUUUUGGGAGAGAACCCAAUCCUACCUUUGCCAGGAGUCGAUUUCCUCAUUCAUCUGCUUCCCCACGUUCCUUCAGGCAGUAUGGGACAUCUCCACAGCAUUACUCUAACUUCACAGAACUUCCAAAGCCUUCAGCUUAUUGCCAGCAGCAGAGGCAGGAGAACCUGAGGAGACAUCAAUAUUCUUUUCCUCCCCCAACAUUUGAAACUGUUAAUAACGAGGCAAAUUUCCCACCUCCUCCCCCAUCUGUACCAUGGGGGUGGCCUCAUGAGUGUAGUCAGAAUGCAUACGACCCAUUGUUCUCACUGCUGUCUCUGCCACCACCACCACCACCUCCAAUACCACCUCCACCUGCUGCUCCCCACAAUGCUCAUCUUCCUUAGAGUAAAGUGGUUCUUCUGUCAUUCAGGGACCUGGAGAAUCUAUAAUUGUGCACCUGAUGCUUUGUAUAUUCUUACGUCCCCUGUGGAGAGAAUGAUUUUCAAAUUAUGUACAAAAAUAUAAACUUUGAGGUUCUUGUAUGGAAUCAAAAAUAUAAACCAUGUGUAUUUUUUGUUUGUUUUUAGAACAGACAAAAGAAUAGGGGAAUAGUGGUUUAAAUUUUUUAGAGCAUACCUACAUCUAAUGGAAAUACUAAAACACGACUAUAUUUUUAUCUUGAGUUUGUACAAUCCAAGUUCCUAGAAUUUUUUUUAUAAAGCUGUACAUUAUUUUUAUAGUAGCUGUCCUAAACUAAUGUAUGUAUUUGUCAAUGCAAUAAAAGAAGAUUGUGUUUGCGGGGUAUAUAUAUGGAUUAAAAAAUUUAUCCAAGAAAUACGUUUAAAUUAUGAAUUAUAUGCUGAAUGUAUGGCAAAACAUAUCCCAUGCCAACAAAUGCCAAUUCCUAAAAUAAAAAUAAUGUGUUGUCCAACCAAGACCUAUUGAGUUUAGUGGGCACGUGCUUAACUCUCUUCUUUUAAAUUUGAGGGUUUAACCAUGCUUUAUUUAGUAAUCAGACAGGGGCAUGAAAUGGUGAAAUUGGCUUGUUGACCAUUUUGGUGGUAAUUAAAAGUUUAGGUGAUUAGGGUACCACCUUUAUGUCUGGUUGACCUAAGAAGUUACAGUACAAGUAGCCUGAAUUAGCUUCUGUACUGCAUCAUGAAAAAAGGUAGCCAUAGGAAGAAGUAGUCUUACUGUUUGAGGUCAUUGAAGAAAGUCUUGUGUUCAGAUUAAGACUGCUAAUAGUUUCACUUCAGCUUCCACAUCUGAUACUACGUGUCAUUUUUGAAGGCUUAAGCGCCUUGAUGUGAUGGAUCAAUGGAGAAACUAACUACUAGAUCUGACUAGGCUUUCUGUUUUGUGUGAAAUUGAAAUAAAUAGACUUUGUUCAAAUUACGGUGUUGAAUAAAAUUAUUUGUGGUGUC